UAUUUACAGUAUGAAGAAAUUGUACUGAAUUUGAAGGAGAAAUAACUGAAAAGAGAAUAGAAUUUUCUUCUAUUAGUAAAACUUUACGAGAGUGCAAUAAAUAUACGAUUCCAAGUAAAAAAUUAACGAUGUCUACAUUUAAGCCAAGUGAUUCUAAAAAAGAGGAAUUCCGAAAAUAUUUGGAAAGAGCAGGCGUUAUGGAUGCCCUUACUAAAGUACUUGUAUCGCUGUAUGAGGAAACAGAAAAACCAAAUGAUGCGUUAGAGUAUAUACGUAAGAAUCUUGGAGACAUAACCGAAAACAGUCUAGAAAUUAAUACAUUAAAGAAGGAAUUAGACGAUGCUAGAGCAAAGAUUACUGAAUUAAGAGAAAAACUAGUUAAAUAUGAACUAGACGAAGCAAAUGAUUAAAUGCAGAUUUUCUCACAUUUAUAUUAAUAAAAUAAUAAUGGAAACUGAAUAUUAACUAAGCACUGACAGAAUUACACUAAUUAUAUCUUUGUAUAUGUAUUUUCAAUAUUUUUAAAAUUUAAUUGUAUAAAAAAUAUAAAAAUCUGAAAAUAAUUGUCUCAAAUCAUCUAACUAUAAAAAUGACUUCAUUUUUUAAAUUGUUUCACGAUUUAAUUAAACCUAAAUUUAUGAUAAUUGUACUUUACAUUUUACACAUACUAUCAUAUAAUAGCAUUUAAUUAUCAAAAUUAAUAGCUAUGAUGCCAAUAAUUCAGAUUUAAAUUUAAAUAAAUAUUUUCCAUACCAAAAAUUAUAUAGUACUAGUAGUAUUUCCUCCAGUAUUAUAUUCUAUGAUCUCACAUGUAUUCUUUUACAUUUACAUCCAUUAGCAAAGUAUUAUUACAAUAAUAAUAUUUAUUCAGUAA